AUGAGUGUCAAGACUCAAAAUGGAUUGAUAUUUACAAUCCAAGUUAUCUGUCUUCGAGUCAACGAUCCACAUCAAACUAAGGCAUGCCGCCCAUUUGGCAUCUUGGAUCUUGAAAAUUGUUGUAUCACCUCGCCACCGCUCAAGGGCUUUCACGCUUUCACCUCUUCAUCCAAGGAUUGCUUUUGA